AUGUCAGUGCCAAAAGCGGUAACCCCGAGCUACACUCGGGCUUACCAUGCGGCGCUGAAUAGGGAGUCCCUGCAGAGCUUACCUUGUCCUUCGCUCCCACGAUGUGUCCCCUGCAGCAUCCCAGGCCAUCUCCUCCGGCCGAUGCCGGCAUCCGGCUUCUGUGUUCCGGUCCCUGUGACGUCGGGACGUACGGGCGCCACCGGCGGUGGGAAAUUUGAAAAUUUUAAAUAAUGUCAUUUUUUUCAAAACAAAUUUUUCAUAUGCUUUGUCCUGUGCCUUGUCUGCAUUUUGUCUGUUCUUUCUG